AUAUGUUGCUAUCCCACAAUGCAUUUUAUUUCAAUAUGGCUGCCUCCAGAUGCACUCGAAUAUUUUCCGAUCAUAAACAUUUAUAUGGACAAAUUCUGGCACAGAGGCCUGCAGCUGCAUGUAGAAGACAGCUCCACACACUGAACAGAAUGUUGUGUAUGAGUAAGAGCACAGGGUGCUUCGGAAAGAUGUGCAUAUCUCACAUUACACGUAGCCCCAGACAGUUGCCCCAGUCUUAUGCCAUUGGCUGCAGUGUCAUGCCAACAAGAUUUAACAGUACAGGGCAAGCUGUGUCUGAAGCUGCAGCCAAAGGAGCAGAAGCAGGGGGGCAGUACAUCCCACCUCCCCCUGAUGUUGUUCCACCAGAUGUCUACGACUCCAUGUUCCUGAACAAGCUUGGGGAGCCCACACUGCAAAGUUUGGGCCUAGGAAACUGGUACCCUUCUGGGAGGCUACAGACCUUACUGGAGUUCUUUCAUGUCCACCUGGACUUACCAUGGUGGGGAUCAAUUGUGUUGAUGACAACUAUUGUCAGGCUUUUUAUGUUCCCCUUAAUGAUAAUAUCCCAGAAUAACAUGGUAGAAGUUACAAAGCUGGCCCCAGAAACUAUGAAACUGCAACAGCAAGCCAGCAGGGCUAAGUUACAAGGAGAUAUCAUUACAAGGAUGGAGAUUGAGCGCAAGCAACAAGAAUUAAACAGAAAUAGUAAAGCCAAUCCAAGUAAAGUUAUGCUCAUCCCAAUUUUUCAGGGAGUUGUGUUUGUCUCAUGGUUCAAAGGCAUGAGGGAAAUGACCAGUCUCCCCGUGGAGAGUAUGAAGGAGGGGGGUUUAUGGUGGUUCACAGACCUCACAAUGCUGGACCCAUACUACGCCCUGCCUGCCAUGACAGCUUUGACACUGCUUCUCAUUUUAGAGGUUAAUAUAUUGAGUGCCACAAGUGCGAUGCCAAGAGCUGCUGCCAUGAAAAUAGGAAUGCGUUGUUUCCCUGUGCUGGUCUUCUUAUUCACCAUGAAUUUCCCAGCAGCAUUGUCAGUGUACUGGAUGACACAGAACAUCAUCUCAUUUGGGCAAACUUUGCUAUUAAAAAAUGUUAAAGUUAAAAAGAUGUUAGGAAUGUCCAUUCCCCCAGAUCCACAGGAAGUGUUUAAAGGAGAUAUGCCACCUGAAGAAAAUAAAGGGAUUUUAAAGUCUCUCAAAGAAUCAUGGGAACAACAGAAGAUAGCAAGGGAAGUAUACAAGUCAAGAAACAUAGACUCAAUAACAUAUGAAGAAGCAAAAUUAGGACCCCUAAAAAGGACAUUUUCUUACGAUCCUACAAAGCCAGGUGCCAAGGAAGCUGCAGAAGAGAGGGAAAGAAAGUCGCGUCUUCAGAAACGUAGACAAUAAUUGUUAGAGAGACGGUGAAAGAUUUUUUUUUUUUUUUUUUUAUUAAAAGAUUACUGCAUGUUUAUUGAAGGACUCCUAAACAUCAUGUACAGGAAACACAAUUUUUAAUUGACCUGCAAACUUUGCAUGUAUUUGAGCAGUCAUGUUUUGGAAGACUGUUAUACUCUGAUCAUGAAGCUGGUUACUGUAAACAUUGAAAAGUUUGAAAAUAUUUUAAUUGGUUAACACUGAAAUGUGCCCACUUGUAAACCCAACUGCCCAACUGGCAAGUAGUCCAAGAAUUUGGUGCAGAAAAAAGGGUGAAUUGUGCAUUUUUUACCAACAAGCAUGAAAUUUGGCACAGUUGUAGAUAAUGGAAGAGUAUUCUGGAAGACAGCUUGCAUUAGGAUGAGCAACUUAUUGUUAUGUUCCGUAUCUUUAUACAAACAUAUAAACAAAGGAAUAACGUGCUUUGGAAGUGCUGCUUAGCUUUAUUUAGAUUCAAUAUGGCUGACCGACUCAGCUGCGUUCACACAAAGUGAUGACGUCAUAUCAAAACACAACAAACAGCACAUACAGCUGAGUUUAGGUGAGAGGUGGCUGAAACUGUUCACCGUGACCAUAAUACAUGGAAGAUAAGACUGAGGUCCACUUGCUGUUGAAAUAAACUACUUUAUUCCAUGAAAGUUACACAUGCCUCUUGCACUAUGCUUUUUUACCCAACAAUCCUUAUGUCAAUAGAAAGGGUUUUUUUAAAUAGUUACCAACAUAUCUGGUGCUGCACCAAUGAAAGGCAAGUGCAGUUUACUACAUAAUAAAAAGACAACCUGAACACAUUUAAAAAUGGAAUAAAAGUUUAUUUGUA